UUUCGAAUUCAAAAGCAAAAUUGUUUUGGAUCGUACGUUUGUUUCGUAAAAUUGAGAUGAAAAAUAAAUGUUUAUUGUGGAUCACAAUACAUGGAUUGUUUUAGUUUUGUAAUAAUAUUACAUUGAUGUACAUACACAUACAGUGAAAAUGUAUUUUGAGAUUGAGAAUACGCCUGAACACUUAAAAAGGGCUAGGAAAAAGGAAGUCGUUCAAAAUGCCUCUCCAAAAGAAGAAUGUCCACGACUUAUACUGGCCCCAUUUUCUCGGCCUCCCCAAGUUGUGUUCGAUAACGUUCUUAUAGGAACAUCAUGCCAGAGGGAACUAGAAAUAUACAACCCAACGAAACAGACCCAGCAGAUAACACUUGGCAAAUCUCUGCCACCUGGUCUGGUUAUUGAUCUCCUUGGAGAAUGGCUGGUGGUGGAGCCGGAGACUUGCUACUGCUUGACAAUGAUAUGGACUCCAAACCAGCCAACAGCUCUGCGUGAAACCUUGAGGUUUACAAAUGAAAAUAGGGGCAGAUAUGAUGUGAUAAUUGUCUUGAAAGCUGUGCUGAAUGUUAAAAGAAAAAAUGGUCAACCAAAACUUAAAGUCUCUCCAGGAAAAAUCAAAAAGAAGUCAUCAAAAAAAUCUCCUGUAGCUAUAAUUAGAAAAAAAUCUGAAAUUAUUUACAACACUACAAAACUUAAAACAGUAAAUGUUGUGCAGACAAAACAGUAUGAAGUUUUUAAAUCCAGUAACAAGGAAAAUUUGUCAAUGCAGUAUGAUCAGUUUAUGAAUUCCAACAGAAGACAUUGUCCUUUUGACUCUCCAUCCAGUGCAGAUCUCAAUUUCAACACAUCUGAAGUAUUCUCAAAUCGUCAUCUAUACAAAAAUAAUGAAAAUCUCUAUGACACCUAUGAUAAAUCAUAUAGCACAACUCAAACCGAGAAUAACAGAAACAAUGGCAUGGAAUCUAGGAAUGUGCUGAAACCGUCUAACAAACAAACAACUGAUCCAAUGGAUAUAUUUGAUAACCUAUCCUUUACUCCUCUUAAAACUCUACAGUCUAAAAAUGAAAAAUUAGAGAAGGGCCCAAAAAUCGUCUUGAGUAUGAAUUCCGAUAGCGAAUUCGACGACAGUCUUGACAUAAAAGGUAGAAAUAAAGAAAAUGAAACACAUUCCAUAAUAUGUAUAACAUCCACUCAGAAUCCUCAAACGUGGCUGUCAGUGAAUAACUGUGAUAAACUAGUCGACAACCAAUACGCGGAGACGCCAGUUUUGCAGAAUAAGAAGAUACCGAACACAUCUUCACCAAAAGAAUUAAACAGUCCAAAUUUUUCUAUCAACACAGACUUUUCCCGAAUAAGUGAACUAUCAUUCUUGCCGCAAAGAUUUUCUACUGAACGCAAAAUGUUCCCUAAAAUUAACAACGAAACUCACGAUUUUAUCGACGAUGUCAAACUCAACACCGACACGUUUACUAAGGAUUCACCGUACACCCCUCUAGACCAAUAUCGCAAUCAGUUGCCUGAGCAGAAGCAACCGCUUCUGAGCAGAGACAACUCCAAGAUGUGUCGCCAAGCUCUUUUUAAAGAGAACAUGCAGCAGAUGCACCAGAGAGAAAACGCGAGACAGCAUUUACAAGUGCCAGAAAACAGUGUAUGGUCCAAUGACUUUAGAGCCGUCUCUUCUCCGCCCCGGUCAGUGACGCCGCCUUUGCAGUCGAUACCUGAGGAAAGCACGCAAUACCCAGACACAUACAACUUCGAUAAAUCCGAUAAACAGACUACUUUUACAAUCAACAGAACCUUCGACAAACCUCUAGACCAAAUCAACACUUCCAUCGCUAAUAGGCAGUCGACAUGGUCAAAGAAGAGUAAAAGAGUAGAGACAAACCUGUGGAAGGUACCCGCGCCUGUAACUAAAAAGGAUAAACCAAGGAACAGCAUUAAAAGUAGAGAUUCUAUGCACGAGAAGGGAAAUCGUACCUUCGAUAAGAGCAAAAUAGUACAGAAUACAUCUUUUAAUCAGUACGGAAGUGUUUACGCGCAGUCUUUCACCGUGGAUCCCUUCCUAUCCUCCACGUACUUUUACGACGAGGAAGCGGUCGAAAAAUUCGAAACCGAAUUCAAAAGAUGGCUGAAUUAUAUUUUGACCCCACCCGCAGAUUUAGACAGCAACGUCGAGUACAAAUUCGACGUUGGCAAAGCGUGGAUCGAAAAUAGAAACAAGGAGAUACCCCUCGCUCCUACAAAAGAACAAGUGUGCAGCGCCUACCAUAACAGUUACAGAUUGGAAAGCUUGCGCAGAUCAGCAAGAAAUCUCUUGCUGAGUCCCGAUGUUUCCCAAGUCUUUCUAAAGCUGAACGCCCAAAUUGAGAAGAAGUUGAUAGCUAUACGCAAUGACAGGAAUCUACAUUUGGAUAUCGGUCUCCAGAAGGUUAUAAUGGAAAUUCUACUCUCCUACAAUCCACUGUGGCUAAGAAUAGGAUUGGAAGCUAUUUACGGCAUCGUUUUACCUCUCAAAUCGAACAGCGAUAUAGAAGGUCUGACAGUAUUCAUUAUUCAGAGAAUGUUCAAGAAUCCUCACCUGAAGAAUAAGCAUUCGAAAAGCUCGGCACCCAAUAUGCUGCUUCCGGCGUAUAUGGAGGCAAUAAAAAAGUUUACUCUCAAGAAGUUCUUCAUGCUCGUAUUCUUCUUGGAUCAGGCUAAACAGAAGAAGCUGAUAUCGCACGAUCCGUGUCUGUUCUGCCGCAACGCUAUCUGCAAGGAGAGCAGAGAGAUUAUAAUUCGCUUCACAAGGGAACUCAUAGCCGGUAUCGGAGAUAUAACCAAGCACCUUCGUCCGCUCGGCUACGUAGUCAGCCACAAGCAGUCCUAUUUAGAUGAAUACAAAUUCGCCGUGCAUAACUUAGCGGUCGAUAUCAGGGACGGGGUCCGUUUGACGAAAGUAAUGGAAAUAAUUCUCAUGAAGCACAGCUUGAUGAAUCAGUUGAGAACCCCCGCCAUAUCGAGGCUCCAGAAAAUUCACAACGUACACGUCGCUUUGAAUGCGUUGAAAGAAUCAAAUUUCACUAUCGUCGGAGAUAUAACUUCUACGGAUAUCGCCGACGGUCAUAGAGAAAAAACGCUGUCACUUCUCUGGCAGAUUAUUCAUGUCUUCCGUGCGCCGCUGUUUGAAAAAGCGGCGAACGUUAUUCAAACGUGGUGGAGGAAAAAAUUCGAAGUUAUAAUGGAGAAACGCAGGGAGGAGGAAAGAAUUCUAGCGCAGCGAAAUGCAGCGGCUGCUCUCAUCCAAGAUUGGUGGAGACGAAUUCAGUACAAUAAAAUGGUUGAGCACAAAAUGGCCCAGAUCACCACUGCCACAGUGAUCAUACAGAAAUACUGCCGCAUGUGGCUGUGUCGCAAUAAGCUACGAUUAGCCAAAUUGAGCGUUUGGAAAAUAUGCGAUUGGUAUAAAAGAGUGAAGAUGAUCAGAGAAGCGAAAGCAACGCUGUGUAUGUUGAAGCAGCAAAGGGAGCAACUUCGACAAAAGUCCGCUGUGGUUCUACAGUCGUACGUGAGACGAUGGCUUUGCGUUAAACAGUAUAAGCAAAUAGUUAGAAAGGUCAUCCUAAUACAGAGCGUAGUGCGAUGCUUUCUAAUGAGAAGGCAAUAUCUGCACGCGCAGAAAUCUAUAGUAUUCGUCCAAAAGAUGUAUAAAAACAAACUUUUGAUGCGCAAAGAGAUGAAACAAUUUUCGGAGGUCAGAAAACGUGUAAUCAUAAUUCAGAGUUUUGUAAGAAUGGUGUUACAGCGAAGGUCCUAUUUGAGAUUAAAGGAAGCUGUAAAAACUGUAGAUGAAAUUUAUAAGGCGAAAUUGGAAAUGAGAAUACAGCGCAAUCGUUAUGUUAAUCUAAGACUUAGUGUAAUCAAAAUACAAUCAAUAUUUAGAGGAAGGCGAGACAGAAGAAAGUAUCUAAAACAAAGGGACCUAAUUAUUUCGGUGCAAAGAAAAGUUAGAGCCAACCAGUGUAUGAAACGCGAUAGAGAAAACUUCUUGCGUCUCAAAAACGCCACAAUCGUACUACAGAAACGUAUAAAAUCGUAUUUACUUAAGAAAUCUCUUAGAUCUGAAUACAUUUUAAAACGCCAAUCUGCAAUUAAAAUUCAGAGUUAUUUCAGAGCAUAUUUAUUAGGUAAAAUGCAAAAGAAUUAUUAUGUACAGUUGAAAAAAUCCACAAAAGUUAUUCAAGAUAGAUAUCGCAGUAUCAUUGCAAUGCGUCGUGACAGGCAAACGUUCAUGAAAUUGAAAUCAUCGGUGAUAGUUGUACAACGACGCUACAGAGCCCAACUUUUAAUGCGUGAUAAUAAAGCAAGAUAUGAACAGUUGAAAAAGUCAUGUAUUUUAAUUCAAAAUAAGUACAGAGCAUUGGUGGCAGUGCGUAUAGAGUUAGAACGGUAUCAAAUGCUGAAAACGGCUUGUAUAAUGAUACAAAGACGUUACAGAGCAAAUGUGUUAGCAAUACAACAACGACAGAUUUAUCUCAGACAAAAAGACGCAGCAAUUAAAAUUCAAACCUGGCUGAGAUCUGUAAAGAAAGGAAAAGAAGUCAAACAAGAUUUUGUACAAAAGAAACAGGCCUGCAUAACAAUACAGACAUAUUAUCGCGCUUUUAUUAUAGGGAAACAACAAAGACAAGAAUAUAUUAGGAUAAGAACGGCUACUAUUUGUAUACAAAAGUAUUACAGAAGUUAUAUUUUGACGAAAACAAUACGCCAAGAGUUUAUAAGACUGAAAUCAUCAACUGUGACCAUUCAAAGAUUUUAUAGAUCAUUUGUAGAAAUGAAACAACAGAAAGAGAACUAUUCGAAGACAAGAAAUGCAAUAAUCACAAUUCAAAACUACUUUAGAUGUUAUCUAGAAACUAAAAAACUGAGAUAUGAGUAUGUAAAAUUAAAGGCGGCAGCGGUGUGCAUACAGCGGCGGUACCGAAGUUUAUGCUUGAUGAGAAAUGAACGAGCAACAUAUUUGAAACUAAAACAGAGUGCCAUCUCAGUACAGAGAAGGUACCGAGCUAUGCUAGCCAUGAGAAAAGACCGAAAAUUAUAUCUAGAACGAAAAUCGGCUGCAAUAAUCAUACAAAACAAGUUCAGGGCUUGGUGCACGAUGAAAAGGCGAAGGACUGAGUAUUUAACCACUUUAAGAGCAUGUAUAACUAUACAAGCUAGGUAUAGAGCUUAUUGGAUAGGUAUGAUACAAAGAAAUGAAUAUUUAAAAGUAAGACAAGCUAUAGUAACUGUUCAGCAAAGAUAUAGAGCUAAGCUUGCUAUGAGAAAAGCUAGAAAUUCCUACGUUACUUUACGUAAAAAUGUCGUUACAUUUCAAGAAAGAUUCCGAGCAAAUAAACUUAUGAGAACUUGUAGAUUCGAAUAUGUGCAAAAACUUAUAGCAUGUGUUACAAUUCAAAGGCGUUACAGAGCAUACAGAAUAGGCAAACAGCAGAGAGACAACUACGAAUUAAUGAGAAAAUCCGCAGUACUUAUUCAAAGACGCUACAGAGAGUAUAGAGAAUAUAUAAUGGUUCAUUCCAAUUAUUUGCAGCUACGCAACGCUGUUAUAACUGUACAACGACGACUCAGAACUAAUAAUGAGGCUAGGAAAUGUCGCUCCGAAUUUUUGAACAUCAGAAACAAGGUUAUUUUUAUUCAAUCAUAUUUCAGAAUGUUUUUCUUACGCAAACAGUUCGUAAGAAUUCGUGAUGCCGCUACUGAGAUUCAAGUAUUCUAUCGCAAUGCCAAGUUGGCGAAGCAAGAGAGAGAAAGGUAUAUCAGCACGAGACAUGCGAUUAUUAAGCUGCAAGCUCAUGUAAGAUGCUUCAUUCAAAGAAAACGUUACUUACGCAUACGAAGUACUGUUCUAGCUAUACAAGCUCUCUAUAGAUUGAAGAAGCAUAGGGAUCGGUUGAAAAAGAGACAAAUAGAAGCGGCCAUAUGUAUACAGAAAAAUAUAAGAUGCUAUUUACAACAAUCUUGGUACAAAAAUUAUCGGGCACGCGUGAUUUUCAUACAGAAGUUAUGGCGCAGUAAGCUGCAUACUCGCUACGUGCGAUGCGAUUUCCUACAAAAGAAAACGUUAGUAACGAAGUUGCAAGCAGCUAUCAGAGGGUAUUUAGUGAGAAGAAAGGUGACACUGAAAAAAGAAGAGUUAAUACGAAUUAAAGAGGAGAAGAGACAGAACUGGGCUGCGACUAAAAUUCAGGCACUUUUCCGCGGGCACAAAGUCCGUGCGACAGACGACAGGCGUGCGAAGGACCUGCGUCGGCGAUGGCGCGAGGGAGCGCUGCGCUCCACUCAGGAGUCCCUCAAAGACCGCAACGAGGAAGCCAUGGACGUCCUGCGGAAUAUGUCCGAUAUCGAAACUGUUAUAAGGGCGUUUAGAUCUCUAGAACUUCUAACGGAAGUAUUCCCGAUGAUGUACAAUUCUAACGCGUCGUCCAUAGUCCGUCGCGUCUACAUAUACAUGUCCCUGGCGAACAGAUCCAUUUCGAGUAUAGAAAUGUUGAAGUCGGCAGCUUCUAUUCUCGUUAACCUAGCCAGGUACAGGAUAACGGGACCGAAAAUUUACGAUAGAGAGAGGAUAGAACCAGUAUUGAAGUUCAUGUGGAGGUUCAGUAACAGCGAAGUUGAAUUAUUCCGUAUAUUGGCUACUUACCUUUGGCUGUUUACAAAAUAUCACGCAAUUAAAAAGGAUCUUGCAGAAUUUUUGCGUUUGCCAGAAAAUCAUAAGAUGCUCGUCACAAUUAAAGGCAAUGUGCUACGCAUGAAAAGAAUGGCAAGCAAACACAGAAAUAGGAUUAGUUGUACUCCCCAACAUCCCAAGACCGUGUCCCAUACUAUGAACAUGUCAUUGAGGGAUAGUAUUAGUGUGAGUUCCAAUCAUGGCAUCCGCAACAUUACUUUGCCCACCUUGGAACCAGAUUAUGGAAUAGUAAGAGCUGAUAAGCCACGUUACUUCGAAGACGCGGAGGAAGCCAUACUUUGCCUGUUCCACGCGUAUGAGUUAUAAUCGUGUCCAUUAUUAUAAUACUUUGUAAGUUUUUGCAUGUAACAUUUUAUGGAUUAGGUAAUUUUUAGUAAUAUUAAUAUAUUGCUACUUCUAUGACUAAGGAUCUCAAUUGGGGACUGAUUUCCCCAUCUGAGACUUUGCAAGAAUAUUUAAUUGUUGAUAAUAUUUGAUAUUAUUCAGUUUAAGGUUUCUUAAUCACUAAUGUUUCACCUAA